CUGUGGGAGACCUUACAUCAAACUGAGCCAUGGGGAGGGCUCCAUGGACAAGGGAGACAGGAUACCACGGCCAGAGGACCAAGUGGUUGUGUCAUCAGACUAUGACAGCACCCACGAAGCCAACCACAGUGACAGCAGUGAUGUAGCCCAAACAGAGGAGGACGCAGAGGAGGGGAAAAACCCCGCCCAGAAUGUCAUCCUCCCACUAAUACCUCCGGAGGACAAACCCAUUCUGGCUCCAGAACCGUUAUUAAUGGAGGACUUAGAGCCCCUGAUGAGUCAGCUAAACAAUUGGAACUUCCCCAUCUUCACAAUGAUGGAGAAAACCAACGGGAAAUGUGGGCGCAUCCUCAGUCAGGUCGCCUACAGGCUCUUUGAAGACACUGGCCUGUUUGAAACCUUCAAAAUCCCAGUCAAAGAAUUCAUGAACUACUUCCAUGCCCUUGAAAACGGUUACAGAGACAUACCAUAUCACAACAGGGUCCACGCCACAGACGUUCUUCAUGCAGUGUGGUACCUCACAACGCAGGCUGUGCCGGGUCUGCCUAGCCUCAUAGCUGACCACAGCUCUGCCAGUGACUCAGACUCUGACAGUGGAAUAACACACAGUCACAUGGGCUUCCUGGUUUCAAAGACCUACACUGUGUCAGAGGACGGUUACGGCUGCUUGUCAGGACUCAUACCGGCUCUGGAGCUAAUGGCCCUCUACGUGGCCGCUGCCAUGCACGACUACGACCACCCGGGCCGGACCAAUGCUUUCCUUGUGGCCACCAGCGCUCCACAGGCGGUGCUCUACAACGAUCGAUCCGUCCUGGAAAACCACCACGCUGCCUCAGCCUGGAACCUCUUCAUGUCCCGGACGGAGUUCAACUUCCUUGUUAAUUUGGACCACGUGGAAUUCAAGCGAUUUCGUUUCCUGGUCAUUGAGGCCAUACUCGCAACUGAUCUGAAGAAGCAUUUUGACUUCCUGGCAGAGUUCAAUGCCAAGGUGGGUGACGAUCCAUCCACGGGUAUUGAUUGGUCGAACGAGAACGACAGGUUGCUGGUGUGCCAGAUGUGCAUUAAACUGGCCGACAUCAAUGGGCCUCUGAAGUGUAAGGAGCUGCACCUGCAGUGGACAGAGGGCAUUGUCAACGAGUUCUAUGAGCAGGGAGAUGAGGAGUCCAGCCAAGGCCUUCCAAUCAGCCCUUUCAUGGACCGAGCAGCACCACAGCUGGCCAAACUCCAAGAGUCGUUCAUCACACAUAUCGUGGGACCGCUGUGCAAUUCCUACGACUCGGCCUUCCUCAUACCUGGACGAUGGGUGGAACCCAGCCCAGAUGCAGAGGAGCCGGACAUAACGGAGAACGAAGAGGAAGAGGAGGAGGACACUGCAGAGGAAGACGCAUCAACCUGCUCAGAAGCAUCACAGAAAGCAGCUCCCAAGAAGAGGAGGAGAGUCUUCUGCCAGAUCACGCAGCACCUGAUGGAGAACCACGAGAUGUGGAAGAAGGUGAUCGCGGAGGAGGCCUCGAAACCGGGCCAGGGAGCAGAGUCAGUCCAUUUAAACAAUGUAGCUGAGCCAAUCCUGGCUAUUCACGAGGAGGAGGAGGAGCCAGGCAGCAGAGAGGAGCUGGUGGAGGGAGAGGAUCCAGAGGAGGGACUGGAGGAACCAGAGUGGCCUGUGUCCCCGCAGGAAGACUCUGAACCCCCACAGGAACUAGAGGAUGAGGACCCACAGUGA